AUGGUCGUGAGAGAAAUAUUAGGCAAGGUGGUACGGAAAAUUCCGUAUUCUGGAUAUAUCCCCACGUCUUUAAUUGGACACGAGAAUGAUGAAAGAAUAGAUGAGCCGUUAUCAGCACUUGGAAUAUCAACCGUUGCAGAACGUUCGCCUCGAGAUACGAUUCAUAAUAGAAUAAUAAGUAAUCGAUCGGAAGAAAUGAGUAAGAAUAAUAGGGUGGGCCCUGCUUUGGAAUUGAGUUGUUUGAAUUACUGCGAUACUUUUGAUGAUUUCUCGAUUGAAACGUCUCCGAUUAACACAUUAAAAAACAAGGAAACAUCUGAUAAAGUAAGGAGCAAUGACAGUGACACUAGUGAGACACUCAUUCAAUCACUGCUUAAUCUGGGUAAAUUAUAUAGCCCAGAAAAUAAAUAUGGGCAAUCUACAAUGCUCAGUACCGUGGAAGAGAAGAAUGAAGAUUGUGAUAUGAAGACAAUAAGAAUAGAAAGAUAUCUUAACGAGCAAAAUAAAAAAUUUGACGAGUUAGUAGACAAGAACCUUGAUGUUGUAUUACAAGAUACGUCGAGCGAUUUGAAGAGGAACGUUAUUGGUUUGUUGGAUGUAUAUGAUUACAAGCUCCUGGACAAGCUUAUGGACAUUUCAAACAUUAUUGGCAUAGCUUGUAAUAACGUAUUGCAUUUUACUCCGUUUAAGAAGGAAGACUCGGAAGUAUCUGACAAAAGACUGGAUCUCGAGUCAAUAUCGAAAGAGUCUUAUGAUGCUGCCAGUACCGAAAUCGACCAAAUUGUAAGAACAAUAGACAAUAAGUCACCGGUUGAUUCACUUUUAGUAUCAUUGGAUUAUGAUACGAAGGUUGAAUUAUUUACGCAAUUAAGGGAAGAGUUAUGUUACGAUGAAGAAGGAAUAUCCGCAACUAGUAGGAACAGAUUUAUGCCUGUUGAUGAAGAUAUGUGCGACGAUACUACAAAUGAUAAAACUGAAAACGACUUACUAAUUGAUAAAUUGCAACUGUGUAUUAUUAUAUCAAUUAAAUUGCUAUUCAUGGGCUUAAAGCUAACCAUCCCAUUAAGCAAGAUAUUGUACCAAAGAUUCAUAAACAACCAGAUAUUUAUUGUCAAUAGUAAGAAUGCCAAUAAGUUCUUGUCAUUCAUAAUCAAAAUUAUGAGAUCAUUGGAAUCGCAUUUGAACGAUGAUAAGAUUGUCAGCAAUCAAUAUGGAUAUGCAAAAGGCACGCACGAGAACCAGUUGCAACUAAACCAAUUGUAUGACGAAAUGACAUCUUCCGACGGUUAUUUCACCCAGCAAUUAGGAAACCAGUCUACCGAUUCAUCGUGGAGAAAAGCCAUGGCUGAAUAUAUCCUCCUCAAAUACAUGGGCAAAGAUUCCACCACCGACAAAAAGUCCGAUCCUAGGUAUUCAAAAUUCUUUUCGAAUCCAGCGGCUCCUCUAUCUUCAGCAUCCAGCUAUUCGUUCAAUUCCAAUUCUGACUCCAAUUCCAACUCCAAUUCAAGGGCUCCUGUACAAUCUGCUAGUUCCAACAAUUCCUUAUCGAUGUUGAAGAUCGCCGAGAAGUUCUUAGAUGAAUUUUGA